CGCGGCCCCUGCCUUUUCGGUUGCAUGCGCAAAAACGAACAUGGUCGCGCACUCGCGCAGGCGCGGGGGCCAUGCGUCACCUAGUCCGCCAGCCUUGCUUAGUACGCACACCCCCGUAGCUUCGUCGGCGUCGGCAGCCUUUCGGCAGGUCUGAGCAUCCACUCGCGCCUACGCAUUAAUCCGUAGUCCGGUGUAUCUCCGGACUGGGUACCGGCUGGUCGGCGGGUAACGGCGCCUAUGUUAUAUCCGCCGAAAAGAAACAACAGGAGCCUCGCUAGUGCUUCGCAGCAGGAAGUGCGGCGCCCGGUGCUCGAUUGUUCAUUUCGUGGCGUGUUCUUUUUGUUUCGAGUGUUGAUCGCGACAGGGCUGAAGCAGUUUUUUCGGCAGUCGCGUCGUUUGCUUUUAUGUUGUGGUCGUGUAGUCGGUACGAGCACGAAGGUGCGACAAGGUGGAGGCAUCCCAAACAUGGAAUUGAUGUUGCUCAGCAAAACAGUUCGCGAUCAAGCUUAAGUAACGAUAGUCCUGUCCAUUGCUUGGAGGCAUCCAUCCCAACUGCAUAUCUACUUUUUGUCACUUCUUACACUGGGUCGUGAUGCUUUUGAUCUUUCAUAAACGUGAUUCAGAUUUUUUGGGUCCACGACCUUUCCUUUGUUUACUAUCUACUUAAUCCACCUCGUUCUAUGCGAGCGCUACUCCUACUUCUAGUGAAUCCUUUUUCUACUUACGAUCAUACAUCACUUCGGAGUGUUUGCUCACGAUAAAAAUGUUGGGUACUACAGUGUGUUGCAGGCAUAUCAACUACUUGUUUUUCUUGGCCAUUCAUAUAGCAUAUUGAGCCACAUGACAUCUUGAGAAAAAGCUUUUCAUCAACAAACAAUUCUCCUUGUGGAAGACACGCCCAACUAGAGCGUGCUACACCGGGCGUGGCCCACCAGAGUAAAAGACACGAACUGCUGCAAUUGACCCGAUGGUGGCCCAAGAUUUCGGUCGGCGCCCUACCACCAGCACUGGAACACAAGGGCCGAGAAGAACCUAUUUUUUCGAAGGCGGAAAGAACGAUACAGUUAUAACACAACCAAACGUAGCUACAACCGCUAGUGGACCAGAAUUUGAAUCCGGCGCAGACCCAAGGAGAUCCUUUCCCUUCCAGGCGACGACCGUCCGUGGCGACAAGGUUGGAGAAAGGUAUUUGAUCCGAUUCCCGCAUUUGCUGGAAAAACUGGAUUUAAAAUGGGUCAUCCCCGCAAAGUACAAGCAUCCUGAUCAGCUCCGGUACGACUAUGACAACGUGCGAGCUAGAAGUACUCCGGAUGUUGAUCAACAUCAACAGGGGAGCGGACCGAUACAGGAAGCGUCCUCUUCCUCAUCCUCACGCCAGCACGAUCAAAAUUACCCCGGAACAAAUGGUCCACGAACCAACAGCAGCGCAACAAAGAUUAACCACCGGAUGAUACGCAUGAAUCAGCGACAGCACGACGAGGUAAAGAUUUUUUUCCUCUACUUGAGCUUCGGAGAUAGCUGUGCCGACGGCGCAGGAGGUGCCACUUCGUUUGUGCAGCCAGGAGCUGCAUCUGGUACUCGUCCCCCGCGAGGACAGGAAGUUGUAGAUGGAACCACUACGACGACAAACUCAAACUUGCAUCCGGGUUUGGGUUAUCAAAUGCAAAAAUGUCUGGGUCUGGAAGAAGAUUGGGGGAGUUUGUCAUGCAAAUUUUCCAUGACCCAUGAGGUCUGGAAUGCAGGACCUAGCAGGACAAAUUCAUCUCCUGUGCGAUCUCUCUCAAUUCUCACGCAUAUCCUGCAUGAGAAACUGCCUCCCGACUUGGGCAAAACUGGACGACUUUUGGUAAUCAUGCAACACAGAUUUUUGCAUGCUUCAGAUUUAGCAUGACAAGUUGCAUACUGAUACUUCCAGACCCAGACACUUUUGCAGUUGAUAUGGUUUGCUUCCAGACCUCGCCAUCGGAUUCCGAGUCUGAAAACAAUUUGGAUCGCAAUCCGCUCGAGUGGAUCUAUUGCAAGCUUCCUGCUGGUGGUGGGAGGGCUGGCGCGGGGGCCGGAAGCUGUACUAGAGGCGGCUCUGACGGUUCUCGGAACAAAGACGAAAUAUUUUCUUCACAACAGUGCCACAUACCCACAUCAGAGCAGCAACGCAAACAGCCUCAAACCUCUCACAGGGACAACCGAAUGAGAAUAGAAGCGAGCUCUUCCUCUCGCAGCGCAAGAACAUCAACCGCGCCCGCCGCACAAGAACUGGAGAUGGCUUCUAGGACACAAUCGCCGAACGACUCGGGACAACCAAGACCGUGUGAUGAGCAGGCCGGGAUAGGUCCUUUUCCCGACGACGACCAUUCUGGUGGCAAAUUUCCACCACGCUCAGAAGGCGACGAAGCAGGUCCGCGUUUUGGAAAUUCAACAACAGUAACCUCUAUCCCACAGCUGAUUCGCGAGUUUCCGCUGGGGCCGGUAGAGAACCCGCUGUCUAUCUUCUGCCAAAAGUAUGCCCCGGGGUUGAACUUCAAACUUCGCCGUGCAAGUAGAAAACAUGAUCAUACGAUUUGAAACUGCGGGCCCUCAACUCGCGAUACGGAAAUUUACAUAGUUUGUGCUUGAGCUUCUGCAUCACUAGGUAGGUCCUUUCACCUGCGGUUGAGAAUCUGAAGCGUCGUUCUUUUUUUCCGUGCGAAUGAAAUUUGCAGCUCUAUGAUCUUGUGCGGCGAAGAACGUAAAUUUGUGUUGCACACCCCGCACGAAACGGUGGUUGAGUACGCGAGCGGGGGCGUGGAUUUGACUGUGAGCCGGCCGCUGGUUUGUGACGAGGUCCAACACCUGAAAUACCGGGCCAGAAGUAACGCGCUUUCCCCACCAAGGGGGGCGGGGCCGUCCGACGAAAAGCAAAGGCGUGAAGGACAGGACGCGGAGGAACACCUACACACGACUGCCCAACAGCAGCUGCACGCUCCGGCAGAGGUUGACGUUGGUGUUCUUGGCGCGCGAAGCGAUGAUAAAGAUUCCAAGUUUUUAUCAAAUUCAUCAUUACCGACGCCAUCCUCAUCUCGCCACUACAGCACCAUCUCUACUAGCUGGUCUCUGAACGGAAAGGGCCUAGUUGCCUCGACGUCCAACAGUAACAGCACCAAACCAGACGAAACGCCGGCGGAUUUUCUGCUAAUCUUGGUCGCGGCCCCCACGCCCGCCGCGGGACAGCAGGCUGGUUCUCUAGCAGGAGGUCGUCCAGCAGGAGCGAAACUUGACGUCGGGUCAGAGGAGGACCGCCGAAAUAACAGUACAGGAGCGCACCGGCCGAAAAUCGUGGAAUUGAGCUUCAGCUAUCGAGCAACAGCCGAAUUUGGGACGUGGAAGGGCCAACUGAUAAAACUCGUUGGAAACAAGAACGAGGAAAGUCAACUUGGUGACCCGGCUUGCCGUGCACCUGUACUUGACCAUGACGCUGGAGAUGCAGUAGAUUUUGCACGACCGGUCUCCCUCCUUGAGCGCGAAAGGCAGACAUCCGUGCAUUUGCAAUGCUCCGCACCUCUGCAGAACACAGGUUUUCCAGCAAAUAACGAGGACAUGGACGAGGUGGUGGCUUAUGAUAACUCGAAAAGCAACACAUCCUCUCCUUCUUGGGACAAAGCCAGCCCUGCUCAGAAGGACAGCGUGAACGACUGUCUGCACCAGAAGUUGUGCAUCCGCUGGCCGCCGCGUAUCGCAGCACAGGUGUUGAUAUGGUGUGGAAAAUAAGUCUCAAAAAGUACUAAUCAGCGAAGUCGCGCAUGAUCAUGAAACAAAAAGUGCAUGAAAAGCAAAGCGUUGCCUUCUGUCGCGAAGCCGCAUGAACGAUUCUGAUCACAAAUGAAAUUUCUAUGCAGUGUUGUACUACGUUUUUCAUUCCAUAUUUGACUCACACGGACGACGAUCUGCAUCACCUUUUCACCCACCUCUACCCCACGCCCGAAGACCGGCAGGAACUCACCUUUUCGCAGGCGGCGUGCUUUCGGUUUUUGCCACCAGCAUUCAAAGCCGUUUUUUUCACGGUUAUGCUGUGCGUCAACAGAAUAGGGAGUUCCGGCGGCGUCGUUGGGAAUAAAAUAAAUGGAGAUCGAGAAAUAUUAACAAACGCCGACUCAGAUGAUGGGCCACAAGCUGUAACUCCGAACGAAAAGAGCUGCACUUCUCAACACCCUGGUUCCUCCACCGCCGCCAGUGUCUCCUUCUCAUUCCUGUUUCCGCUGCUGCUUGCUUAUGGGGCUCUCAAACGUUACACUCUCAACUGUUACAUGAUUUGUCAUGCAAAAACACUAUCACUAUUCACAAUCACACGACCAAGCCUGCCUUGCAUGACAACUUCUCGACGCGCUACAUAGCACUAUAAUCCGUCCCAAAUCUGUAAUGCAAAAGGCGCAAUCUUCCUCCUGUACUUUUGCCACUCUUGCAUUACAAAUUCAUGUAACAGUUGAUAAUGUAACGUUUGAGAACGCCAUAUUGCUUUCUGCGCCCCUGCGGAGAGGCUCGUCGAGGAGGCAGAUAUGAUUGCUUUCGAGAACACAAAGCAUCGUUUGGCGGGUCGUAGCGGCGCAUCAAGCUCAUCUGCAAGGACAAGGUCAGGUCCAGAUUGUAUCACACCUCCCGGCCGCGGAGGUGGUGCACGACCAGGACCACCAUCCAGCAGUCGAGGAGAAAGAAAAGCAGAUCCCCGUGGGGGCCUGUCACACGGCAAGAAGAACAACAAGGUUGUCGCCGUGGAUUUGUUUUUUAACUGCAGUUCUAGACCAGGCUGCGCUUCUUCUUCCUCGCGGAAUCCGCUGGACCAGAACUUCGCUGGACCUGAUGAAGUUGACAGACCCUCGAGAGCCUUUUCAUUUUCUUCCUCCUCAGAGCAACAUGCUUGUUCGGGAAAUAAGAAUAACAGGAGAAGGAACACGACCAAACGGAAUAAAGUACACGGUGGAAUUAUAAAACAAAGUGCGUCCUCUGGUACAGUUUUCGUGAAUGGAAUUGGCAAAACGGAACCUCCAAACAGGGAUGGGGACAACGAUGAUGAAGACGGUGAGAGCUGUGAAGUAAGCACCAGCGGUGAUGAGGAAGACACUGCAUACGAGAGCUUCAUGCAAGAGUUGAUGGCGAGGAAAUGAUGAUGAUAAAUGAAGUGCUUGACUCUAGUCCAGAAACCUUGAACGCCACCCAUGGAUAUACACAGACGCACGUUUGAAAAUGAGAUUUGAAAAUAGAAGCACGAGCUGCACCCGGCGCAGCAGCUCUAGAACUGCAAAAACAUGAACAAAAUAGCCGCAACUUAUUCCACCGAAGACGCACAGCGUUUCUGAGCCUGGAGCUUUCAUCACGAAAAUAAGUCAGAUGCACUCUAUACUUCACACACAGCGUCCAACAUUUGGUCGCGUUCGCGUCCGAGCCUGCUGUUCUUUGAACCGAAUUUCAAUUUCUUGUUGAAAGUCGCGACGAUGGAGCUACUACAUUUGGUUUCGCGGCGCAGUCCGAGGACGAACGACUCUUGUG